GGCGGUGACUGUGGCUUCAGGGGCGGUGCGUUUGGUGCUGGAGGUGAGUGCUGCGCGGGGCGGGAGGAGGGACGGCGCCUUCCGCGCUGCCGAGCUGUUCUCGGUGUCUCGCUCAGCAUUGGGCUCGGGGGUGUGAAGAGCGCUCUUCAGUUUGGCUUUGCCUGAGAGUAAAGGAAACGGCCCCGUGUGAGCCGAGAGGGGCGUGUGAGCUCGGCGGCAGGUUGUGGGCUGGAGACCGGAGGUGCUUGGUUCUAUCUGUGGCUGUGGUCGCCUUUAAGGGGCAGAAGGGCAUCUCUGGGUUGCUGACACGAUCAGAGGAACGAGGGCGUUCUCAAAACGCACCUCCUCGUCCGGUCUCAGCGCUGCAGUCUGCCUCGCCCGUCCUCCUGCCUCGUGGUGCGGCCGUGGGCAGCGCCGAGCGGGCUGACGGCGCUUGGCUUCGUACGCGAGAGGUUUGGAUUCUACUUGAUCACGGAGAUCGUAAGAGAUGCUACACAUGUCUUUAGAGAUGGACUUCUCAUGAGUGGCCUGGAUCCAUGUGUUCAUUCACCAAUGUCCAGCUUGUUACUUUGGGAUCUUACUUGGUCAAGUGUUUGAGACCAGAAGCAGUGGCUGAAGUCCGGUGCUGACUUCCGAAUUUACAAGGCAGGAUGAAAGACCGGCUAAAUGAGAUGCGUGAACUUGCCAGGUUGCACAACCAGGAGUUUUCUUACAGUGAGGAUGAUGAAAAUUCACCCCGUGACAUUCUCCUUUAUGAGACUGAUUAUGCCUUGGAAACUCUUCACAAGGACAUAGAGAACAUCCGGACUGAAAAUAACCUCCUAAAAGAGGAUGUCAAGCGACUAAAAAAGCAAAACAACCGCUUCCUUACUUCCAUGCGUCGUCUUAGUAGCAUUAAACGAGAUACUAAUGGUAUUGCCAGAGACAUCAAGGCCCGUGGAGAAAGCAUCCACAGGAAACUCCAAAUAAUGAGAGAUUUCUGCGAAGAUGCAAUAACAAAAUAUGGGGUGAUGUCUGUCAUUGCCAGGGUAGCAAAGAACCAUUAUGUUGACCUUAUGCAUGCCUUUCAGGAAGCAAUGUUUGAAUACAAUGCAACAGAGAUGAACCAACGGGAGAACUGCAAGAUCCGAAUUCAGCGUCAGCUAGAAAUCAUGGGUAAAGAUGUUUCUAGCAACCAGAUUGAGGAGAUGAUUGAGCAAGGCAGAUGGGAUGUCUUCUCCGAGAAUCUCUUGUCGGAUGUGAAGGGAGCUCGCUCAGCCUUGAACGAGAUAGAGACACGUCAUAAGGAGCUGGUGAAAUUAGAAGGUCGUAUUAAGGAGGUUCACGAGCUCUUUCUGCAGGUGGCCCUGCUAGUGGAAGAACAGGCAGACACCUUUGAUGUCAUUGAGAUAAAUGUGCAAAAUGUUGAGGACUACGUAGGAGAAUCCAAGGAGCAAAUUAAAAAAGCAUUGGAAUACAGAAGAAAACACCCUCUCAUGACAAUCCUCUGCUGCUGCUUUUCGUAUUGCAGAAGGUGAUUAUCCUUCUGAAGCUAUCACGGACCAACUUGAAUGUUUUCAAAAUCAGAUAUUCUUUUCAAUGGUUUUUCUUUAAUGACAACCCCUGUAAUUGUGGGAGCUGUUGUGCAGUUUGUUUUGUUUGGUAACACGUUCCUAAAUGUGCUGAAAAAUUGUCUAUUUAUGGCCUACUGGAAGCGUUGAUAAAACUUUUCAACUGUUUUUAAUUGAAAUGCACUCUCUUACUGUAACUGGAGGUGCAAGUACUUAUAAGAUCUCUGUGCAAUGAUACUUGUUCCAGUCAAGAAAGAGGAAUGAAGGAUAGGCUAAGAGCCUAGGGAAAAUGACAGAUUUCAAAAAGCUAUUUUGUUCUUAUGAGUCAAAGUGGUCUGCAGGCAGUACAUGCUUAAUGCCUGUGGUGACAGAAUACACCACAGAAUGAGGAGGUUGGAAUUCUAACUAGUUUGGAGCCUGCUUGAUGCAAAUACUUCAAGAGAUUUUUGCUCUGCUUGUGCAACAAAAUACUGAGUCUGUUACCAGGAGCAGGAUGCAAAACUAGUUUGUUUCAACUUUAUUUCCAUCUGUCACUGGUCUUAACAGAAGUAAGCUGCACCUUGAAGCAUAAUAGUAACUUGAAGCAUAAUAAUAACUCUCUAUAUCUACUUGAAGGGAGGUUGUAGUGAGCUGGGGGUCAGCCUCUUCUCUCGGGUGACUAGUGAUAGGACUAGAGGGAAUGGCUUCAAGCUGCGCCAGGGAAGGUUCAGGCUGGACGUUAGGAAAUACUUCUCUGAAAGGGUGGUCAGGCACUGGAAUGGGCUGCCCAGAGAGGUGGUGGAGUCACCGACCCUGGUGGUGUUCAAAGAGCAUUUGGACGUUGUGUUGAGGGACAUGGUUUAGCGAGAACCAUUGGUGAAGGGUGAAUGGUUGGACUGGAUGAUCCUGUGGGUCUUUUCCAACCUUAGCGAUUCUAUGAUAGGCAUGUUUUGCUGUUUGUAUUCAGGUGAUUGUUUUUCUCCAUUUUGAGUACCCACAACUGCAACAUGGAGGCAUCACACUGACUCUUCAAAUUGUGUUACUGAAAAAUCUUAAUUUAAAAACUGCCAUGCUUUUAGGUUUCAAAUACGUGUUUCUGUCAAUUGACAUAUCAGACAGCAAAAGAGGUGUGUGCAGUGGCCCUCUGUAGAAGCACUUGUAAGAAGAUAACAGCUGGGAGGCAAAGAAAGCAUUUUAGUCUCCUGUUCUGGCACAUACACACAAGCAGUUUUAGUGGAAGGAUUAUCCCAUCAACAGACUUUUAAUAAGUAUUGAUUUUAAUUUGGAAAUUUUAUAUACAUAUUUAAUAGCAUGAAGGAUUAAAUUUAUUAACAUUCAGUUUUAAUGGUUUACAAAAGUUAAGGAUUUUCUCUCAUUGUUAGAAAAUCUCCUCUGGGGAAAGAAAAAUUCAGGCGUAUUCUUCAUAUUCUGCACCUGAAGAAUAACAACAUUUUUAUGUCAUUUCAGUACCCUUUUCAAGCUUAAAAAAAAUCUUUCCUUUUGCGUAAAAGGAGUCUGCCCAUAGUUGGUUUGACAGAUGAGGAGGGAAUAGAACAUUUGCAGCCCUGGAAACUACUGAGCAUUGUCAGUGAGAGAUGUAUUCAUAAGGUCUGGUGAGUGACUGUAGCUCCUACUUCUGGAAGUUUUCCAACUCUAAUAUUUCUGGGUGGCUUCCUGUUACACUGUGAUCUAUUGGUAGCCUUUGAAUUAAUGCAGGACAUUUUUUCAGAAGUUAGUGACUUUUUUUUUUUAAUUCUUGUCAUAUUUAUAGCUAUUUUAACAAACAUAUUUAAACAUUUCAAGUAUUUUGUAUUUAGGAUUUCUGCCUAAAUGUGUGUAGCCGUCUUCCCUCACCAAUCACAGUGAAGUUUUUCCCAUCUGAACUUUUUGCACACUAAUUUUAUAUGUUAAAAAAAAUACCCGAACAUUUUGUACUGUUUAUAUUGAUAUAUAACAUAAUAACAAAAGAAAUUCAGCUUCCAAGCUUUUAUAUCCUUUGGGGAAAUGCUUCUUUGCCGGAUAGACUUUUUACACAAAUAGAAGCUAAAUAGAUAACAGUUUUCAGAAACAGGAAAUCUCUUUAGCUGAAGCGCCUGUCUGUGGUAACAAGGAAGCAUGAAGAACACUGGUCUUCUAAACUAGAAGCUAUUUUGAUAUUCAGUGAUGUCUUGAUGAUAUCAGUAUUAUACUUGCCUGAGACUCUCUCAAACAACCCAGUAUUCAAACCUGAAGUGGGAGAAAAAAGAGCGGAGGUUGAGCUGGCACCAUUAUUUUACUGCUUUGGUGCUACUCAAGAAGACAGAAGUCAUUUACUCCAUAGGUAUUGACAUUCAAGUCAAUGGAACUGUGUUUGUAGAGAAACAUCCUAAAGAGCCAACAAUCAGAACGUGGAUGUAAAUCAAUGGGAAUUAAAAUACGUAUUUCAUUUUGUCCACAUAUUCUUAGCACUUAACAAUGCUUUUGAUAAAAAUAUGUACCUGCUUUUGAUAAAAAUAUGUACCUAUGGUUUCUUUUUUGCACACGUGUAUGUCCACAAAGGCAAUAAAAUAUUUAAUAAGAAAAACUGAAAAUGCAGAGUGUUGUGCAUUGAGUCAACAGCUCUGAAUAGUUGCUCACAUAGUCAGAGUUUUGUCUAAAAGCUUCUGGACUAAACUGUAAAUUAGUGAAAGAAGAUUAAUGUCUAAAAGAAUGUCCUCAGAAUGUUUGUUGCCAUGGUAAAUCAAAUAUAUUUCGUAUUGAAAUAGACUUAUUGUAAUUUUUCCUAUUAAAAACAUGAAGAAUUAGUUUCAUACAUUCUAAGAUGACUUUCCACUGCAAGAAAAAAUACAAAUUUAUUCUGGCAGUUCUGAAAGAUCUUGAUGAUUUUGUUAUUAGAAAUACAAAGCUUAUAUUCAGAUCUUCAGUCUGAUUUGAGGCACAGGGGAAUAGAGCAAAAGCAUGAGGAAAAAGAUAAUUAGAGUCCUUGCCUUGACUUCAAGCUGUUGCUGUGGGGAAGAAAAUAAGAAUCAUUGAAAUCAGCUUGGUACCCAUAAAACUAUCUCUCAGUUGCAUUGUGAAUUAGAGGCAUUUGAAAAGCUACUCCCAGUAACUAAAGAAAUAAUCAUCUUCCUUUCAAACUUGUUCAUUGCUUAAUACUAAAGGGUUGGGUUUUUUUUUCUUCUGUUGUUGUGUAAGAACUCCAUGAACUUGCCCAGUAACAGCCAAACAGGCGUCAGAAAAAAAAACAGAAACAAAAAACACACCACACUGAUUACACUACAGUUGCAAAGAGUAAUGCCACACAGGAUGAGUGGAAGAAGAUGAUAGAAGUAAAAGCCUGAUACUGUGUUAACAUACUACUAAGAGAAGCUGCAGAAUGGAUGACUUCAUGCUUGCUAAGGAGAGCUGCCUUCUCAAAGUCAACACAACUCUUACGGAGAUGCAAUUACCUCAAGGAUGCCAUAUGCCUUGACACGAGGCUGAGAAAUGACCUCGGCCUGGCCCAGAAGUUACCAUUUUCAGUGCAGCUGCUGUCUGAAGAGCAUCUGAUCUGCAAAGCAGAAUCUGUUCUGACAGAGGAUGCUUCUGGACACGUGUUAGAGUAACUGGCCACCAAAGCACGGCCUGACGCAUCAACAGAAUCAAGUUCCUCUUCCUCUCUACCAAGUAAGGCACGUGCAAAGCCUUCACAGGAAAAACAUUUUAUUUUGUCUCUCAGAAAUAAUUUCACACAUGAGCAGGAAAGAAAAUAACCUAGAUGACAUUUCUUUGCUGAGACGCCACCACACUGAACGUGGAACGCCACUAGCAAAUAACACAGCAUGGUAAAUGCCACUCGAGGAGUUGUUCUUUCAUCAGAGGACAUCAGUGCAUGAAUUAUAGAAUUAAGGAAAAAGAGGCUGUGUGCUUUACAUCUGCUCUCCAUGCAUGUCCCAUAACCUUGAGGAGCAUCUAAUCACUGAUAAAAAACCAACAGUCUUCAUGUUGAAGAGAUACAGAAGACCCAGAAUUCCAAGCUGCAGAUUCUGCUACAGGCCCAGUCCUUCCUGUAAGAGAUUUCCUUUGCAGGGAGCUUCACUCGGCCUUGUGGUGAAGCUGUGUUCCCUGCUUUCUGCCAUGACUUGCUGGAGCUCGUGCCAAUCUGGGAUUCUUCACCCUUUCCUGCUCUCAUGAAAUAACCGUAAAAUCUGCUGGCAACAAACAUGUCCCAACCCCAUCCUUCACGUUUCCAUGUAGAAAAGGAUAAUCUGCUUACUUAUUGGCCUCUGUUUUAAGUGAAGUGACAGAAUGGUGUAAUGUGAAUAUGGCUUUCAGCACUAGAGCUGACUGUGAUUUUCAUUUAAGGUUUUUAUUUUAUCAAGCAAGUAGUUUUCUUUCUUUGUUCUUCAUUAGUUUCCUUGUUAAAAUUUCGUGAAUUAUGCCUUUGCAAUUUGACAGUCUUAUGUGCUCUGGCCUUUAGUUAAAAUGGUAUUGCUUUCCAUUGGAUUCCAUUCUGUGAAUGAGUUGCCUUUCUAGAAAGGUCAUAGUCUAUAGGAUCCUUGCAUCAUUUUAUGAAGAAUUUGGUAAAUGUACAGUGGCUAAUGCUAGACACUGGAAUAAGAAAAGAGCAGCUUAUGAAGACAGUUGAGUGCUACUCUACAGAGUUAUGUAUUUGGCCACUGCAUAUGUGCUGUCAGACGAGGAAUCGGUAGAUUAAAACAGAUUUUUCAGAAGCAA